ACAGCCACCACAAUGUCACGGAGGGACUUCCUUAGCAUGCCUGCGCCCGAGAACUACGUCGCUGGUCUCGGGCGUGGUGCCACUGGCUUUACCACCAGAUCUGACUUGGGUCCGGCGCGAGAAGGUCCCAGCGAAGACCAAAUCAAGGCUGCCGUCGCAAAGAGGACAGCGCAAUUGGGACUCGGCGGCGACAAUGCGAAAGAUGAUGACACCGAUGACGCCGCUCGAUAUCAGGAUCCAGACAACGAGGUUGGCCUGUUUGCCGGCGGUUUCUAUGAUAAGGAGGAUGAAGAGGCAGACAAGAUCUGGGAAGAUAUAGACGAGAAGAUGGCAAACAGGAGGAGAAAGCAAAGAACGAAAUACCAACGGUCUACUUUUUGCGAACAGGGAAGCACGAGAAAAAGCCGAACGAGAAGAAUACGAGCGACAGAACCCAAAGAUUCAGCAGCAGCAAAGGAUGCCACCGGCAAGACCAAGAGGGCACGACAAGCGAGGAUGGAGAGAUUCUAUGCUGUGCCCGACAGCGUGCUAGCUGCUGCGAGAGACCAGGGUCAGUUUGGCACGACAGUUGCGGACGAUGGGACUGCUACCAGCGCUAUUCCCGGAGGAACCGAAACGACGACGGAUUUUGCAAAGAUCGGUGCCGCCCGCGACAAGGUGUUGAAGGCAAGACUUGAGCAGACAUCGCAAACCAGCGGGCUUGCUACGGCAGGUAGCGCCACGAGUCUGGAUCCGAGGGGUUACUUGACCUCACUAGCCAGCACCCAAGGUGCAGAGCAGAGUAUCGGUGAUAUUGAGCAGUUCAGAAAGAUGUUGAAGUCUGCUGUAGACUCAAACCCCAAACAGGCGUCCAGUUGGAUGGCUGCGGCAAGAUUGGAGAUGACAGCAGGGAAACCGGGUGCCGCCCGCAAGUUGAUUGCGGCUGGGUGCCAGCAUUGCCCCAAGAAUGAGGAUAUCUGGCUUGAGAAUAUCAACAUCAACGACACUCACAAUGCCAAGAUUAUUGCGGCUGAAGCUAUCCGCAACAACCCAAAGUCGGUGAAGCUCUGGGUGGCGGCCAUGAAACUGGAGAAUGACCAAAGAUCACGGAAGAAGGUGAUCCGAAAGGCGCUGGAUCAUAACCCACAAUCCGAGGCUUUAUGGAUUCAUGCGGUGAACCUGGAAGAAGAUGUGGAAGAUGCCCGCAUUUUGCUAGCCAAGGCCACUGAGCUUAUCCCCGAAUCACUCGACUUGUGGCUGAGACUGGCACAUUUAGAGACCCCGGAGAAUGCUCGCAAGGUGCUCAACAAGGCCGUCAAGAAGCUCACCAACUCCCACGAGCUGUGGAUUGCGGCCGCUCGCCUGGAGGAGCAGCUUGGUGAGGGUGCAAGACGACCAGUCAUGAAGAACGCCGUUAAGUUCUUGGCCAAGCAAAACGCCAUGCCCAAGCGUGAAGAAUGGAUUGCUGAGGCUGAAAAGUGCGAGGAAGAAGGCGCGGUCAUCACCUGCAGCAAUAUCAUCGAAGAGACCCUCGGCUGGGGGUUGGACGAGGACGACGACCGCAAGGAGCUCUGGAUGGAAGAUGCCAAAGCCAGUAUCAGCCGCGAAAAGUACGCCACCGCCCGGGCGAUAUACGCCUAUGCUCUUCGUGUCUUCCCCAACAGCAAGAGCCUUUACCUCGCCGCCGUUGACCUGGAGAGAGAGCACGGCAACAAGGAGGACCUCUGGAACGCGCUUGAAAAAGCCGUCGAGGCCUGCCCUCACCAAGAGACCUUCUGGCUCAUGCUGGCCCGCGAAAAGGCAGGCGAGAUUAACGAGGCUCGUCGCGUUCUGGCCCGUGCCUUCAAGCAAAACCCCGAUAACGAGGACAUCUGGCUUGCGGCUGUCAAGCUUGAGGCUGACAACGGCUUUAUCGAUCAAGCCCGCGACCUGCUCAAGACUGCCCGGCAAAACGCCCCUACCGAUCGUGUCUGGAUGCGUUCCGUGGCCUUUGAGCGCCAGCUAGGCAACAGCGAAGCCGCCCUUGACCUCGUCAUUGACGCCCUCCGCCUCUUCCCUAAUGCUCCAAAGCUUUGGAUGAUGAAGGGGCAGAUUUACGAGGACAUGGACCAGCCGGCGCAGGCAAGGGAGGCAUAUGGUGCCGGUGUCCGCGCCGUUCCUUCGUCGGUCCCCUUGUGGCUUUUGUACUCCCGUCUGGAGGAGCGCCUCAACAACGUGGUCAAGGCCCGUUCCGUCCUCGACAGAGCAAGGCAGGCAGUUCCCAAAUCGGCGGAGCUGUGGACUGAGCUCAUCCGUCUUGAGCGUCGCGCUGGUAACAUCACUCAGGCCAAGACCCUCAUGGCUACUGCCCUGCAGCAGAUGCCCAAGAGCGGUCUCCUCUGGGCGGAGAGGAUUCUUCACCUGGAACAGCGAACCCAGCGCAAAUCGCUGCUGGCGGAGGCGAUGAAGAAAGUGGAGAACGACCCGGUGCUGAUGGUGACGGCGGCGUAUAUCCUCUGGAAAGAGAGGAAACUCGAGCAGGCGGAUAAAUGGUUUGAGAGAGCGCUGAAGCUGGACACGGACCAUGGGGAUACGUGGGCGUGGUAUUACAAGUUUUUGCUGCAGCAUGGGACGGAAGAGAAGAGGGUUGGGUUGGUGAGCAGGUGUGUUUUGGCGGAGCCGAGACAUGGGGAGUAUUGGCAGCGGGUGGCCAAGAUGCCGAAGAAUGCGGGGAAGGGUACGGAGGAGAUGUUGAAGUUGGUUGCUGCUUCUUUGCCGGAGUAG